AUGCACUACAAUGUUCAGAAAGGAAAGAAUUAUGAACGGGCUAAAGCCUGCUUUGAGAAGGCUCUGAAAGUGGACCCCGAAAACCCUGAAUUCAGCACUGGGUAUGCAAUUGCUGUCUAUCGUCUGGAUGGCUUUAACACAACAUCACGCUUUCGUAACGCAUUUUGUGUGCAGCCCCUAAAACGGGCCAUCAGGCUAAAUCCAGAAGAUGCAUAUAUUAAGUGUCUCCUCGCCAUGAAACUUCAGAAUAUAGGACAAAAAGCUGAGGGAGAAAAGUACAUUGAAGAAGCACUGGCCAAAAUGUCUUCGCAGACCUAUGUCUUUCGAUAUGCGGCCAUGUUUUACCGAAAAAAAGGCUCUAUAAAUAAAGCUCUUCAGCUCUUAGAAAUGGCCUUGCGGGCAACACCUUCCUCUGCCCUCGUGCAUCACCAGAUAGGGCUCUGUUAUAGAUCACAAGUCUAUAAAAUAAGCAAAGCUACAAACUGGCAGCCUACAGGACGGGAUAGAGAAAAUAUCGACAGAAUAACAAGAUUAGCCAUAUCUCAUUUUGAAUUUGCUGUGGAACAAAAGCCAACAUUUGAAAUUGCUUAUAUGCACCUAGCAGAUAUGUAUUCAGUUGCAGGCAAUAGCAGAAAAGCUGAAGACACUUAUCAAAAAGUGUUCUGCAUGAAAUCACUUGAAGAAGAAAAAAUUCAAGAGAUAUAUUUCCAGCAAGGUCAAUUUCAGGAAUUUCAAAAGAAAUCUGAAGUCGAUGCAAUUAUCUAUUAUUUAAAAGCAAUAAAAAUAGAAAAGCCAUCAUCUGUGAGAGAUAGAAGUAUCAGUUCUUUAGAGAAAGUGGUUUUAAAGAAACUUCAAAGAAACGCAGAAGACAUGGAAAGCUUGAGCAUCCUUGGGUUCAUCUACAAAUUGAAAGGAGAAAUGAAUAAAGCCCUGGAGUGCUAUGAGCGGGCCCUGAGGCUGGCUGCUGUGGGACAUGCUCCUGAGGCGCUGAAAUAUGGACCACGUUGACAUUUCAUUUGAUUUUACGUUAAGGUGCACUAAUCAUCUUCUCUGCUUGCUGCUUUCAGAAGCAUGUAACUUUUGAACAAUGACUGAAGCCUGAUAAAAUACUACUUGUAUUCAAAAAAAGGCUGAAGCAGAAUAUAUAUGUCUCUGUGUGUGUGAGAGAGGAAGAAAGACAUUAACCAUUUCUCUUUGAAUGUUAUGUAACAGAAAUAAGUUUGUUAAGUAAAUUUGUAGCAAAUAAAGCACCGCACUUACAUAAAGUAAAA